AUCACCGUGGUUCCUUUUGGCCUUGGAAUCUAAGUAACUAGAAAUCUAAUAAUAGGAUUACACAGGUGUAUUAUGGCACCGAGUUUGGCUCAUUGUAGCUAGCACCUGGUCUGAAAUAUAGCUAUAGGUCUCUGGGGUGAGAAGGGGUUGAUGAAAUUCCCACUGCUUCAUAACUGCUAAAGAAAACUUCUUAGAAUUGUGAUCAGUGAUAAUUGUUCUUUAAUGUCAUCUGUUUGUCCAGGUGAAAAAGCACAAGAAGUUUCUUCUGGACAUACUGAUCGGGGCCUUACAUGACAUUUUCAGUUCUGAAGUCAUUGGCGAGAGCAUGAAUGCACUGGCCAAAGUCCUGAAGAAGCUGAAAGAGAAGGACAUCGGUUCUUCCUUCAGAGACCUCACCCAACAGAUCCGGACCUACUUUGAUGAUGAGGAUGCUGCUCUUCGCUCAGUGGCCUUUGUCCUAUUUGGCAUCCUGGCUCAGUUGACAAAGAAAAAAUGGAAGGCCUAUUUCACCGAGCAGGUUCGAAAGAGCUGGGUCACACUUUUGCUGCACCUGCAAGACCCAGACCCCAAGGUUUCAAUGAAAUGCAGAGCUACAUUUCACCUCUGUUUCCCGUUUUUGGGACUGAAGAGACUCCAACGUGCGAUUAAUAAGCACCUUGAUGGCACAGAUGAGCUGAAUCCUACAGAGCUCCAGGAGGACAUUUGCAAACACCUUGCCAAAGAGAAUACAGAGCUGCUGGAGAACUUAUACAAAAACACCAUCACGUACUUCUACAGCAGCUGGGAAGGGAUCCGGGCAGCUGCCGCCAAGUUAGCUGGCAUCAUCCUGAAACACAGAGACAAGCAGCGUAUGAAAUGGCUGUACCGGGGAUAUCUGCUGAUGUCUCUCCAGGUGCUAGAGAAAGACGCAAGUCCCACUGUCCAGCUGGCGGCAACUGAGAUCAUAAGUGACAUCUGUUCUGGUGGAGUGCUUGAGGAAUGAAGCGGAACGGAGACAAACAGAACAAGGCACUCCAGUAGUAUAAGGGCCCUACCAUUAAUCAAAUGUUAACCCCACCCUUGACCCAAUAAGCCCUGCCCACCGGUCAUCGGAAGCCCCAAGGCGGACACCUGACCAGAAGCAAGAUGUUUCAUGUGACCCCUCUAAGAACUCCUCCCACUGUCCUCUACCAAUCAGGAUGGGUUUCGCCCCAAUAGGAAUGCCCCAAGAGAAGAUUUGACCAAUCAGGGGGAGUUCCGGGGAAGGGUGACCUGUCCGGAAGUGAUUUGUGUGACCCCUCUGAGAACUCCUCCCACCGCUGUCUACUGAUCAGGAGGGGUUUCAGCCACUGGGGAUCACCCCAAGAGGAGAUUUGACCAACUGGGGGGAAUUCUGGGAUGGGGUGACCCGUCCGGAAGUGCUUCAUGUGACCCCCUUAGAACUCCUCCCACCACCCUUUACCAAUUGCGAUGGGUUUCAGCUGCAUAGGACUGCCCCAAGAGGAGACUUGACCGAAAUAGGGUAGGUUCUCGGAAGGGGUGAACGGCCCAGAAGAGGGUCAUGUGACCCCUUUAAGAACUCCUUCCAAUGCCCUCUACCAGUCAGAGUACAGCACCAUCACCCCGUAAGUCCCAGCGCUGGGCAGAGGAGGCCAUCUCUUACCAAGAAGACGUGUUUUAUGAAUUGUGGAAAGGCUGAGAGGAGACAUGGACUCCUUUACCACCCCCCGAGAACGUCGGACUUUGUUUUAGCCCUGAAGACCUUUGGGCUUGUAUGGAUAAAGCACUAUAGCAGUGACAGUUCCGAGGAGGGCCCUUUGACUCAACCAUGGAUAGAUACCUCAGAACCCGACCCCGAACCCUUGUGACAGGGCCAGCUCCAGACACCAGCCCACCAAGCAUGUGCUUGGGGUGGCACCUCGGGACGGGGCAGCACUCGGGGUUU